AUGCCCCCUUCACAACCAUCAGACGAGCCCCAGUGGCCCCCACGAUCACCUCAUGAAGUCCUUUUGAGUACUCCAGGCGGCCGUGAGAAACUUCGACGACUCGCCGAGCGCACUUCCCCCUCCCCGUCUACAGCCAGAGGCAGGACGUCGAGAACGGCACUCUCAGGCCUACCUUCGAGGUCAAAGAACCCGGACAUUGUGGCAGAAAUGAACUUGGACGGCGAUGACGACGACGACGACGACGAGGAUGAGGAGAUUCUCCAACUCAAGCUGCAGGAGAUCCAAGCCAAGCUCAAGCUAAAAAAGCUCCAGAGCGCAAGGGCAGCAAAUUCCGCCCCUUCCUCAAGACCAGAUUCAGGCGCAGAGAAUCAUGUGCGACGGUCGCAAGCCAGGACAGCGGCCCCUACAGUAGCAGGACGCGCAGCCAAGGUCGAAGAAGCCCAUGCGCGAAGCGUCGAGGUACCAGCCUCGCCAGUCAAAAAAGCCACAGCGCCGCCAAAAUCUCCCAUGAAGGUACAGCUCGGUAUAGACAAGGGGCUGAGGGCCAAGGAUGUAUCGUUGAGGCGGUCAUCGUCUACCCUGCAACAGCGGAUGCAGGACGUCAGUGAGCGCUCGAGGUCUGCAAAGGAUGGCGCCGAGGCACCGGUGCGGCCGUUGAGCUUCAGUGAGCGCCUUGCCCUGAAGAGGAACGAAGAGGCGGCGCAUGUCGAGAAGCAGAAGAGGAUACAAAAAAUCAGAAGCAGCGCAUUUGCGGUGGAUAGGGAGGAAAUAGAAAGAUACAAGGCAGUGGCGCAGGACCUACCGGACCUGCCAGACGAACCACAGGUCUACAGUCGCGCAGAGAUUGUAGAGGCGGAAAAGCCACAGAAAGAGGGCGGAUACUUGAGACGAAGUAAUACCGCAUCCAGCAUCAAGGGUGGACGGUCAGGCUCGGGGACGGGUAGUGAUAGCGGCCAUGCCACCAAAGACGCGACGGCAUCAACGGCAGCGAAAUCUGCGGACAAGGAAGAGGCGUCUUUUGAAUCAUACUCGGGUUUCCAUCUCAAGAAAAGAAUAUUACCUCACGAUGUUGUUACGCGGUCAAUCACGGGCAAGAAGGUCUACAAACUGAAGGAUUUCUUGCGCAAAGUCAAAGCACCCACCUGGGAACUACCGGAUGACGAAUGCGACAUUGUGGCCUUUGCCAUUUUGGCCGCCAAGUCAGAACCAAGAUCACACAAAGCACGGACUGACAGUGAUGGCAACACAGUGAAUCAAGACAACAGGGGGAUGUACAUGAUAAUGACGCUGGUGGACCUCCAAUACGAAGUCGAAUUGUUCCUAUUUAAUAGCGGGUUCGACAGGUUUUGGAAGCUGACGCCAGGCACCGUAUUGGCCAUUCUCAACCCGGUCAUCAUGAAGCCCCCAAAAGGCCGCGAAGCAACGGGCAAGUUUUCGCUCGUCAUCAACUCGGACGAAGACACGGUACUCGAGAUCGGCACGGCGCGCGACCUGGGCUUCUGCCAGGCCACGAAAAAGGACGGCAACCCGUGCCCUUCCUGGAUCAACAGCAAGCGGACCGAGUUCUGCGAAUUCCAUUCCAACGAGGCCAUCAACAAGGCGCGCGCGGGACGCAUGGAGCUCAACGGGGCCGGCUUUGGCGAUGGUGGUGGCGGCGGCAGCGGCAGGGGCAAGAAGUCCAAGAAGGAAUGGGAGCCCUUUUACGACCCUUGGAAGUAUAAAAAUUCCAAGCCGUUCAGCGUCGAUCACCGCACCGACCAGCAACAAGUCGCGGAUGCCAAGAGGGGCUCGUACGACAGGGAGACACAAUCGCGUGUCUUUGUCAGCCGCUCGGCCAGCUCUGCUUCACUCAUGGAGCGCGAGGGCGAGUAUCUAGAGAGUCUUCAGCGCAAGGAGGCACUCAAGCGGAAACUCCUGCAGGAGGAACGCGAGGAUGCUGUCGCCAAGAAACUGGGAAACUUGGGGGCCGGUGCCGGGAGGGAAUACAUGAAGCGGCGGGCGGGACAGAAGACCAACGACCAGCCGCACAUUUUGGCCUCCAGCCUUUCCUCGCAGCAGCAGCAGCAGCAGCAGCAGCAACAACAACAGCCACCAACCAGCGCCGCGGCCCUGGAUCUUCUCAACCGCGCUAAGAAUCCGCCCAAGAUCGAUCUAGGCCCGGUCAAGCGCAAGAGGCCAGACUCGGCCACUUCUACCUCGACGGCGGGCGGAAGCAGUCUCGGCUGGGGCUCCGGUCUGAGGGACAGACUGAGCAGGAUGAAGGGGCAGGCGACCCUCUCAUUCGACCAACCGCAAAGGACAGACAACGCUGGCGCGGCCAACGCAAAUUCGUCGUCCGGCUCUAUAGCGAGCAGCAAAGCAGACCGAUCGCCCGUUCGCAAGAAGACGCGGUUCGUCACGGAAAAGGGCAUACGGGAGGCGGGCCGCGAGAGCCUGGGGACCGAACUACUCCCACUGGCUGCAACGGCACCAGCAGCAGAUGACGCAUUGGAGGGCAGGCAAGGGAGGCCGCGGCGCGUGGUUGUAAUGGACGAUGACGACGACGACGAGCUCGUCAUUGUGUAA